ACAGGGAUGUGAUGUUGGAGAACUAUAGGAACCUGGUCUCACUAGGGCAUUCCACUUCUAAGCCAGAUGUGGUUGACUUGUUGGAGCAAGGCAAAGAGCCCUGGAUGUUUCUAAAGGAGGAAACACAAAGGCAAUAUACAGGUCUCUGCUAGCACCCAUCCUCUCCUGUCCAUGCCAGCAGCGGCCCUGAGUCGACACCCAGGAAGGCUGCUGAUGGUGACCUUGACUGCCUUGCACUAUCUGUGACUUCCUCUGUGGUGGCCUCAGCCGAGCAGCCUCAUCGGAGACUCAAAGAGGAGCUGAUUAAAAAAUCCCAGAAGUGAAUGAAAUGAAUAUCCUGGGAACAUAUCCUGCAGACAAAGACUGGUUUAAUGAAAACAGGUGAACCUAGUGCUCCUUACCAGAGUAUGAGAGAUGAUGAUGAAGAUGCAUACAGUGAUCCAGAAACUACCCAGCCAGGACUCUAGAUGUCCUAGCUAAGAAACUAUCUGCUGCUGAAGUCUCAGAACCAAGGUAUCAGGUUCGGGAGGAGGAUCGUGACCACUCACCUGAAGAUUUAGAAAAAAAGCGACAAUUUGAAAAUGAAGAGGAAGCUUCACUACAAUAAAGGACUGAAUAUUAAAUUAGUUAGACAACUAAUUUCAAAAUGAAGAUGAAGAAAUGUUAGAGACUGUAGAUGGAGAAAGCAUGAAUAUUGAAGAAUCAAAUCAAGGAACUACCACAGAUUGGGAUUUACAAUGUGAGAUAAUCAGCUAUGUAGAAAUGCCCACUUAUGAGAAAGUUGUAUCUUCUACACAACAUCAGAGCAUACAUAGCAGAGAUAAACUCUAUGAAUGUAAAAAAUGCCCGAAGAAAUUUAGGAGUGGCUACCAACUAAUUCUACAUCACAGGUUUCAUGUUGAGAGACCCUAUGAGUGCAAAGAGUGUGGGAAGAACUUUCGUAGCAGCUAUCAACUUAUUCUCCAUCAAAGAUUUCAUAUUGGUGAGAAACCCUAUGAAGGUACAGACUGUGGGAAAAACUUUAAAAGUGGCUAUCAACUUACUAUACACCAGAGAUUUCAUACGGGUGGGAAAACAUAUGAAUGUAGGAAAUGUGGGAAGGCUUUUAUUUAUUCCUCACACAUUGUUCAACAUAAGAGAAUUCACACUGGUGGGAAGCCUUAUGUAUGUCAGGAAUGUGGGAAGGCCUUUAGUCAAGGCGGACACCUAAGAAUUCAUCAGAGGAUCCAUACUGGUGAAAAACCCUAUCAAUGUAAGGAAUGUGGGAAGGCUUUUAGUAGGCGCUCAAAUCUUGUUGAACAUAAGCAAAUUCAUACUAACAAGAAACCAUACGUGUGUGAGAAAUGCAGAAAGACCUUCAGGAGAAGCCAUCAGCUUAUCAUACAUCAGAGUGUUCAUACUGGCAAAAAACCAUAUGAAUGUAAAGAAUGUGGGAAAGGCUAUACCACUGCCUCAUACCUUAUUCUACAUCAGAGAAUUCAUAAAGGCGGGAAACCAUAUGAAUGCAAGGAGUGUAAGAAAACUUUUACCUUGUAUAGGAAUCUUACUCAACACCAGAAUAUUCAUACUGGUGAGAAACCUUAUGAAUGUAAGGAAUGCGGGAAGGCCUUUAGCUUGUACCGCUACCUUAAUCAGCAUCAGAAAAUUCAUAUUGGUAUGAAACGCUUUGAAUGUAAGGAGUGUAAGAAAACGUUUACCUUGUAUAGAAAUCUUACUCGGCACCAGAAUAUUCAUUCUGGUAAGAAACUUUUUGAUUGUCAGGAAUGUGGGAGGGCCUACAGUACUCGCUUCAACCUUGUGCAACAUCAGAAAACCCACACUGGGGAGAAGCCCUAUGAGUGUAAGGAAUGUGGAAAGACCUUCAGUUUGCAUAGAUAUCUUAAUCAACAUCAGAAAAUUCAUACUGGUGUGAAACCCUAUGAGUGUAAGAUAUGUAGAAAAACCUUUACUUUCUGUAGAAAUCUUACUGUACAUCAGAGUAUUCAUACUGAUGAGAAGCCUUUUGAAUGUAAAGAAUGUGGGAAGACCUUCAGACGUAGUUCACACCUUACUGCACAUCAGAGUAUUCAUGCUGAUAAAAAACCAUAUGAGUGUAAUGUAUGUGGAAAAGCCUUUAAAAUGUGUAAGUACCUUACACAACAUCAGAAAAUUCACACUGGCAGAAAACCUUAUGAAUGUAGGGAAUGUGGUAAGGCCUUUAGUCGUUCUUCAAACCUGGUUCAACAUGAGAGAAUUCAUACUGGUGAGAAACCUUAUGUGUGCAAACAGUGUGGGAAGACCUUUAGAUAUGGUUCAGCCCUUAAAGCACAUCAAGGAAUUCAUACAGGUGUCAAAGAAUAGAAAGAAUGUGAGAAUACCUUUGGACAAGGCCCAAACUUUCCCAACAUCAAACAGAUCACUUUGGUGAGAAAUGACUAAAUAUUAGUCUUAUAGGUAUGUGUUUAGCAAAUGAGAGACUUCAUAAAACAGUUCUCGCCACAUUAGAAAGCCUUCAGUGUCAGUCCUGUUUUAAUGAAAUAUCUGACUAUUCAAUGGCAAAUUGAAGACAAAAUAGAAUUCCCAAUUUUUUCAUGUCUGUAUGCCUUUAACAUCCACAGCAUGGAAUUUUAUACUAAAUCUAUUAAUUGAAUGACUAAAAAAAAGCCUUCUCUAUUGGACAUUAAUGGUUCUGUUAUGAAUUUCCCCAAAUUUUAAUGUCUAAACAAAAUAAUAAACAUUUCUCACAGAUUUUAUGGGCCAGAAAUUGAGGACCAUUGAAUUUUCCAUGAGAUUGCAGUCAUCUGCAGGCUUGACUGUGGAUGAGGCUCUGUUCCCAGAACAUCAUUCACACUGGUUGCUGGCUUACAUUCUGUAUAGUCUGGAUAUGGUUUUAAGUAAAUGCUCAAAGGCUCAUAUGUUAGAAGUUUGGUCUCCAGUUUGCUAGUGCUACUUUUAAGAGGUAUGGCCCAGUCAUAGAUCCAUAGGACAGUUGAAGUUUUCUCCUCAGAAGAGGCUGUGAAACUCCAGGGAAUAUAUAACCCGAGCUGCUCCUGGGCUUUCUGUUUGGCAAUGUGAUCUCUUCCUCCCACGUGUACCACCAUUCUGAGGACAUUUGACCAUGAGAAUUUCACCAGACUUAAGCCAAUGCCAGUGCAAUGCCUUGAACCUCCAAAACUGUGAACUAAAUAAACCUCUU